UGUAAAUAAACAAGAAGGUGACCGUUGUCGCUUACUUACAUUCUCGAUUUAAUCUGAUAAGGGCUGAUUUUUCCAUCAUACAAGAUACAUAUUAUUAAUCGGCAACCAUCAUAGAUCCUACAGGAAUCAAAUCUGUGGGCUUUCGGCCUUGUUUAUUUGAUACUUGGUGCUUUGCAAGACUAGGACAAUCAAUUCACUUUAGCCUAGCCAAGAAGAAUCUACUUGCUGCUCAUCAAUCUAGUAUCAAAUAGGCCUGAGUAAGCACUGCAUAGAAGGAAUGGGUGACGCUCUCAUCCUAAGACCACUGGAUGCAUUCCGCAGUGAAUUCUUCAACGAUGAGUGGGUGUGGGACCAAGAUGGGAAAUCUCCAGAGGCCCAGCUUUCAAACAAUAGCGAGGCGGUGUACUUCAAUGUUGACCCAGUAGAUGGCAGCACAGGCACUUCUGGUGUCCGUGGCAAUAAGGGCUUUACCGAAGGUGAACAUUAUUGGGAGAUAACAUUCACCGAGCCAUGUUUUGGGACGUCUGUGAUGGUUGGGGUUGGAACCAAAAAGGCAUUGCUCCACACUAAUAACUACCAGUAUGUCAACUUGCUUGGUCGAGACACCGAAAGCUGGGGACUCACUUAUAAAGGCACCAUCUGGCAUAACGGGAUGUCACGGAAGUAUUGUAAGCCAUUUUAUGAACCAAAGACAGUCAUUGGGUGCCAUUUGAAUCUGUACGAUGGGACGUUGACCUUCUACAAGAACGGUCAGAAUCUUGGCGUUGCAUUUCGAGGACUUAAUCGAACAGGCCAGCCGUUGUACCCGCUGACAAGCUCCACUUCCACAAAUACUGAAAUCGAAGUUGGCGUGCGAACUCAGCGACACUUGACACUCCAGGAGAUGUGCGUGAUGAAGGUGCUACAGAACAUACAUUACAAACAGGACGACAUCGACAAUCUCCCUCUUCCAAAUAUAGUCAAGAACCACCUUAAGGCCCUGUAACAUCCACAGCUUAUUCUGUGACUUAAAUAGUUAAAUUGUGCUACACAGUUGAUCUUUAAACCCAGUAGGAGUGGGGGAGUUUGAGAAAGUUAUCACUGAUUAUCUAAGAUUGAAUAUUACUGAACUAGAGCGGCAUCUGGAUUUACAAUGAUGUUAUUGUUAAGCUCCAAUGUCUUAAUGGGUUUUGUUGGACUUUUUCCAGCUGGUUCUUUGACUUAAAUAGUAUGACACGCCCUAUGGAAGUGUGUCAGUUCAAGAAAGUCCUCAGUGAUAAGAUAGAAACUAUUGAUCCAAAGUUUUCUCUGGAUGUUAUGAUGUAGAACUCCCAUGCUGUGAUGGGAGUCAUGAGAGAUUGCUACGUUUUUCUUCUUCAGAGGUUGAUACAUUUUGAUGUUACAGUUAGUGUCCCUCCCUCCUAAAGGGGUUAAGGAUGGUGUGUGGCAGUUUUGUUACUGAAAAUUAGUUUAUUUAUUUCCAUACGUGUUCAUUAUUUGAUGACAAUGACUUUUGCAAAGGAGAUGUUACUUAGAGAAAAUGUGAUUUCUCAUGAGACGGUAAUUUCUCUGUCAAAUCAAAGAGCAUUUGGUGACAAAUGUAUUGAGGUUGGUCAACCCCUAUUGGAUGACGAACCUCUAAGCUUGUGCACAAUGAUAAUUCUGUGUGAGCAUUUCUAUGCGCAAAGAAGGUAGCCCCAAUAUCAUGGAGUUAUGUAGUACUAUCAUUGUAGACAGUCAGUAUUUCUAUGAAAUAGGCUGCUACAUUUUCAGUCUGUCCUCUGUGUCUGACUAACACUAUUGCAUGGCUUCACUAUGAAGGUAUGAGGAAAUUCAUUACAAAAAUAGUGAGUCUUAGCAAGAAAUCAUGCUAUAGCCCUUUGUUUCUAUAAUUCUGUUAAGUCUACUACAGCCACGAUUCAAAAUAAAUCAAAUACGAGAUUUACACUUUAAUAGACAUUAUGCAUGUAAAGAAGUGGUUUUCACUUCCCUUGCAUUGCAUCUUGUUUUGACAGAUUGUCAUUGUGCACAAGUAUUUAAAGAACAGCUUAUUUUCUGUUCUGAUUAGUCAGUUCAUUUGAAGCUUUGUGUGUUUUUGCAAACUUCAUAAUUGUGAGGGUAGGUUGCUGCAGGGAUCAUUAGGGUGGACAGGGUUCACUAUAAUCUCUAGAGGGUAGUAUUGCUAAACAUAUGACUUAACUUGUAAAUAAGUGUAUGUACUGAUCGUCUUUUCAAAAUAAUUCAAAUGAUAGAUUUCAUUGUUUGUAGUUUUUGGUGGUAAAAAGAAUUGAUGCAGGUUUGUGUAGUGCCUCAGGAGUGUAAGUGGCAUGUAGCUUCGCAGCUCAGGAGUGUAAUUGUAUUGAAGAGUUGCUAGAAAUGAGUGUUUGUAAGAGGUUCUUGUUGUGUAGGAUGGCACCUGAUUGUCUUAUGGAGCUAUAGUUGGAGAGUUUAUUACAUUCAUUUAAAUGAGAGGAAUUUCACAUGCCACUCUACUCUUUUGAUAAUGUACAGCGCCAUUUAAUAGUCCAUUGACUUGGAGUAUAGGACCACUUUCUUACAUGUAGGCUGCUUUUGACAUGACAUGCCUAUAUCGAAAGAUGGGUAUGAAAUGAAUGGAUGUUUGUGGUUAAAAUUUGUAUUCAAUCCUUCUGAACUUGCAACUUUGAUAAUAUUUGACUCUACUGAGUGUAAACUUACUAACUAGAGUGUCUUUUGUGCGUAUGACAUGCCAUGUGGGAUAACGACAGUUCAUUCCCCUGAGUUAGUCGCAGUAUGUGCUUAAUGAAAUGUUGAUAUGCAUGUAGUUCUCUUGUUGUUUCACAUGUAAGUUUUUGGGGGGUUGGGAUUCUGAUCAGUGUUAAUCUUAAGUGAGAUGAUGAUAUCUUCAACCUCUGUAAAUGUCUCAACUUACAACUUAUAUCAAUCAAUAGUCAUAAAGAUCUAAAGUCUAUGUAAGACACGUAAGUGGGAUGAGGUGACUAAGUGUACUAAAGGAACAAAUCAUAUUGUUUUUUAUUUUUGCCCGUGUUUCUCUUUUUGUUUGAGGAGAUUGUUUUUAGUUUAGGUUCUAACUGGUUAUUCAUACAUGUAAAGCUAUGCGGUGUGGGUUGAAGGUGCAACCUCUUUUGUAUGUGGGUUGAUUUUGAGUGGCUUCAUGGCUGAACUAGCCUUGUAUAGGCACCAGAAAUAUGAAAAAGCCAUUACAUGUAGACACAUACAAUGCAACUGAUACUGAUUAGUUUAUAUACCAGUAUCAUGCCAUAGGCUAAUUGGUUCUUUGGGAAGAUUUGUAAAUAGUUCUACUUGUGUCAUAUUUUGGUGUGCCCAAUCUGCUUGUGUAUACUCUUGAUACAGGUUAUUUUCUCGCAUAUUAUGAUUUGUUAUCGUUAUGAUAUGCUUGUUAUUGUGCUUCAGAAGCUGCCAAAUAAACUGUUUGUAACAAAUGCAAAA